AUGUUGAAGCCUUUCCAAAUCAGAAAUCUUCGUGAAUCCUCAUCUGGGUAUCUUGAGGAUGUUUCACUUCAACCCUCCAGCCCUCAUGGGGUUGUACGGGUCUCAGCCACCGACUACGACGAUAUCGUCUUGAAUCACCCUCGUGCAAGGCUUACCUACUUGGAUGAAGAUGAUGGUGAUCAUAUUACCGUCGGCUCUUCUUUUGAGCUAUCUCAACGCUUAGACGAGCCUCUGGACAUCGACACGCGGCUUGAUAACGUCCAGCUUUCUCAAGACGAAGCGGUUCCCAUGCACAUAUUCGAUAUUCGACGAUCCAACUCGGUGACUGAGUUAUGGAAGCAGUUUGAGAGAGACAACGAUGCCAUCCGGUCUCACCAGGUGGGCAGCGAAGCUGUUGUCGAGACAAAAGCUGCACCUGAUGAGCAUGAGCAUAAAGAAGAACCAAUUUCACAUGAUGCUGCUACUACGUCUGCCCCUGAGGCUGAAAAUCAACCGUUUAUGGUAGCAUUUGAAGCCGAGUUGGCCAGUCUCCUCAACUCUACCGAGAUUCUUGGUCAAAGGGCGACGCAACCAGAAGCAUCAUCUGCAGCCGAACCCUCGUCGUCGGAUACUAGCUCACAGAGAGCACAUCAUCCACUGGAAGUGGUUGCAGCCACAUUCCUUUACCAUUUGGUCAAUGGAGCAAACUCGGUACAGUCUGAAUUGAGAAGUAGGCUGCCAGAGUUGCAAGAGCAGCUCCGAAAUGCUCAGUGGACAGUCCCAGAGAACGUACGAUCGUCGCUCCAGAGCCUGCUCGUCACAAUUGAAGCGCACAUGCGGACUGCUUUCCAGAACUUGCCUGAUAACGGAAGGCAAUUCGCGGAAGAUGCCAUCAAUGCCGGCCGUCCCGUUGCCGAGCAUGCUGCAGACGGCUUACGGAUGAUGGCCUCGGAGCUCAACGAGGCCAGUCGAACGUUGUUCGCGGCCUUUGAGAGUGAGUUUGGUCGUUUUGCCUCAAAUGACUCGAAUGCUACUUCCGAAGGACCACACGCUGCGCCCAGCCCAAACCCUAGUACUACCGCUGAUGUCACUGAACCAGAAUUCACGUCUCGGGAUAUAAAUUCCCAUCCCACAGAUACAGGCGCCGAAAAGGAAGCAAUCGCCAGUUCUCAUCCACUUGCUCAAAGCCCCGAGGUCAACCAAAAUACUUUGCCGUCCAACUUCACGAGUCCGGGCUGGAAUAAUAUAAGAGAUGAAGUACAUGGGAAUCGCUUUCACCAUCCAGGCCCUCGUCACUCUUCUCCAUUCCCCCCUCGAACCCCUCAUCAUCCUGUUCCGCCUAUGCCUCCUAGACAUUGGCCUCCUAUUCCUCAUCCCCAUCAUCCCCCUCCCAAUAAUCCUCCCUGGCAGAUGCCGUGGGACCCGGUUCAUCCUAUUCGGCACCACCCACCGCCCCCUGUUCCUCAGCAUCCACUCGCCUCUGGCAUAUUUCCAGCUUCACCAUGGCUUCCCACAGAUAGGUGGUUCAACCCUCUCGGUCCUCAUCAUCCUCAUGGCGCACCCCCUGCGCCUCCUCCAAAGGAGACCCCCCUAGGUUCACUUAAGCCAUCAGAGGUUUCUGAAAAGAGGGUUUUGUUCAUUGGCAAUGUUGGUUUCAACGUAACCGAAAGGAUGAUCCAAGAUGUAUUUGCUGCAAAGGGGUUCGUUGUUUCCGUGCGCCUUCCACAAGAUUCGGACACUGGUCAGCAUGCUGGGUUCGGCUACAUAGAAUUCCCCUCCAUUCACCCCGCUAUGGCGGCAAUGGAUGCUUUACAGGGUGUACACAUUGAUGGACACGCAAUAAAUCUCGAGUUCAGUGAUGAUGCCGUCAUUGACUCUGUGCACCCACCACAGCGACCUAGUCAUACCGAGCCGAGCACUCUUUACGAGACUUUCGCACGCCAUAAUCAGCUCGAUUCUGGAGACCUCGGUGUCUCUAGCCCGGACCAAAUUGGCUCGGGUGUCUCUUUUGGCCAGCGACCGCGUCCCUGUCGAGGUAGCCGCAGAAAAUCCGUGACAUUCCAGGAGCCUGAUUUGUCUUCCCUGGAUCUCCAGAAAAAAGAUGUCCCAGCCCGGCUUCAAUCGCCUCCACUGAUUGACUUGACUACCGACGAACCUUCCUCUAAUCACCAGUCGAAUGAUGUGCAGGACCAGCUACCGGAAAUGAGUCGAUUCCCGCCUGUCUCCCAGCUAGAAGCUCAGCUUUUUGCCAAUCAACAACAGAGCCGUGCACUUGAGUCCACCUCUGAUGCGACAGCUCGCCAGGUGGCGAUUGAAUCAACUCCAUCCGGUGACUAUGUUCGGCCAAAGAGCUAUAGGGAAGCCGUACCGUUACAGAAAGCUCACGGGAAAGGAUUAUCUACCUUGGGUGACGGCGGCCGUCGAAAGAAGUCUGGACUUCGGGGCCACGCUCUCCGUCGGUCAAAUACCAUGACAUUUGCGCGCCGAGGAGGAGAACUGUCUGAUUUUCCGGCCUCAGAUCUUCAGGGCAACCCCUCCGAUAGGAGUUCAUUGAGACGACGUGCCAGUGAACGCCACUCCUUGCGACGUGAUAUCCAGGAUCCCAGUGAGACAGACACCUGGGCACGGUUGGACAGAAGAGAACGCCGCGGCUCCAGACACUCCUCUUAUCAGAGCAUUCCUGGAAGCUUCCCUAUGGAAGAGGCAUCUCAGCCUGCGGCAUCUGGCCCGAUGGACGUCGGCGCUGAAACCCGGGAGACUGACAUUGACAACUGCGUGUCCUCCCUUGUCGACAUGGGCUAUGGAAGCCCUGAAGAUGGCGGGUAUUCUCGAAUGGUGGUCUAUGCUGCGGCUUCCAAUGGUGACCUCUAUGACGCGAUCGAAAUGAUUGAAGAGGAGAGAAAAGCGUAUGCGCGCCAGGGUCGCGAGUGA